CACUCUUAUCAGCAUACGUUAUUUUUUACAUCACAUAUGUCCAGUCCCCUGCUUCGAGGAACUCUUCAGGCUUACUCUAUGUUGUCAGUCACUGCUCUCUCCACCUUUUGUCAUUUCCAACAGUCGCUCGAUUCUUCAGUCCUAAGCCUUAACCAACACUAUGCCUCAUGCCACUGCCAUCACCACCCUCAAUAUGUUUUGCCCUACUCAACCCACUUCUCGCCUCUCCUCCUCGUUUUUAACCCCUUGUAAUGCCAACAAUCUGAGUCUUUUCUCGCACAAGUCUCUGUUGCGUCUAAACAAGAAUAAUGCUAAUAAAUGGAGAUUUUCCAUGUUUAUCAGUGCAAAACCUGUCCUGAAAGAUGGGACUCUCAGUUUCAAUGGCAAGCGCAUGUUGACAGAAGUUCCUGACAAUAUCUUCGUCACGCCAUUGACGGAUUCAUCUGCUUACCUUGGGGCUACUUCCUUGGAGACCAGUUCUCGACAUGUUUUCAGGCUUGGAGAUGUUCGGAAUGUGAGGUUAUUGUGUCUGUUUAGAUUUAAAAUGUGGUGGAUGAUACCUAGAGUGGGUGAUUCAGGAAGGGAUAUUCCCAUUGAAACUCAGAUAUUGCUCAUGGAAGUGACUAAAGCCUCACCUGACGAUUCUCCUUCAUAUAUCGUUUUCUUGCCUGUGCUAGAUGGUGAUUUUAGGAGCAGCUUACAGGGAAAUUCAUCUGAUGAACUUGAGAUCUGUGUCGAAAGUGGUGACCCUGCUAUAGUUUCUUCAGAAUGCCUAAAAGCAGUUUUUGUGAAUCAUGGAAACCAUCCAUUUGACCUGAUGAAGGAAUCCAUGAAGAUUUUGGAGGAGCAGACUGGAACCUUUACAGUCCGCGAAUCAAAGCAGAUGCCUGGAAUGUUGGAUUGUUUUGGCUGGUGCACCUGGGAUGCCUUUUACCAUGACGUAAAUCCUCAAGGAAUAAAAGAUGGUCUAAGAAGCUUGUCAGAGGGUGGCACUCCAGCAAAGUUUCUGAUAAUAGAUGAUGGUUGGCAAAACACAAGUAAUGAGUUCCAAAAGGAAGGGGAGCCAUUUAUUGAAGGUUCACAGUUCGGCGGCAGAUUGCUUAGUAUUAAAGAAAACCAUAAAUUUCGGAAAACCAGUGAAGCUCUGAGUGAUGCUCCAAAUGAUCUUAAGCAUUUUGUUUCAGAUCUCAAGAGCACUUUUGGCCUUAAGUAUGUAUAUGUAUGGCAUGCCUUAAUGGGAUACUGGGGAGGGCUUGCUCCUAAUGCAGAAGGAACUGAAAAAUAUAAUCCGAAAUUGACAUACCCAGUGCAGUCACCAGGGAACUUGGCAAAUAUGAGCGACAUCUCUCUGGAUUGUAUGGAGAAGUAUGGUGUUGGCACAAUUGAUCCUGAAAGAAUAUCUCAAUUUUAUGAUGAUCUACACAGUUAUCUUGUUUCGCAAAAUGUGGAUGGAGUUAAGGUUGAUGUUCAGAACAUACUUGAAACUAUUGCAGCUGGUUUGGGAGGUCGAGUCUCUCUCACCAGACAAUUCCAACAGGCUCUUGAGGAGUCCAUAGCUGCUAACUUCAAAGACAACAGCAUUAUCUGCUGCAUGGGCCAGAGCACAGACUCCAUUUACCAUGCAAAACAAAGUGCUAUAACACGAGCAUCUGAUGAUUACUAUCCAAAAAAUCCAGCGACACAGACACUGCACAUAGCAGCUGUGGCUUAUAACAGCAUAUUCCUUGGUGAAAUGGUAGUCCCUGAUUGGGAUAUGUUCUAUAGCCUUCAUGAUGCAGCUGAAUUUCAUGCUAUAGCUAGAGCUGUGGGAGGGUGUGGAGUCUAUGUUAGUGAUAAGCCUGGUCACCAUGAUUUCAACAUACUGAAGAAGCUAGUACUUCCUGAUGGAUCAGUGCUUAGAGCUAAAUAUCCAGGAAGACCAACACGGGAUUGUUUAUUCAGCGACCCAGUUAUGGAUGGAAGAAGUCUUAUGAAGAUCUGGAACUUGAACAAAUGUACUGGGGUACUUGGUGCGUUCAAUUGCCAAGGAGCAGGCAGCUGGCCUUGCAUGGAAAACACACAACAGAAACUAGUAAGUGAAGAAAUAUGCGGACAGGUAUCUCCUGCUGAUGUCGAGUAUUUAGAAGAGGUCUCUGGGAAACUGUGGACUGGAGAUUGUGCUAUUUAUUCUUUCAAUAAGGGAUCAUUGUGUCGAUUACAGAAGGAAGCAGCAUUCGAUGUCAGAUUAAAAACUCUGGAAUGUGAUGUCUUUACCAUAUCACCCAUCAAGGUUUAUCAUCAGAAGAUUGAGUUUGCAGCCAUGGGAUUAGUAAACAUGUACAACUCUGGUGGAGCUGUUGAGGCAGUUGAGCAGUGUGAUGGCGGCAGAAUAACCAUCAGGGGGAGAGGGGAAGGUAGUGUGGGAGCAUACUCGAGUAGGGAGCCAAAACAUUGCUUGGUAAAUUCAGAAGAGGCAGGAUUUGUAUUCAGAGAAGAGGACAAUCUUCUGACAGUAACAGUUGCCCCUGGAACCGGCAAUUGGGAAGUUCACAUUUGUUAUUGAGAUUAUUGAAGCAGUAUGCUGUCUGCCUCGUCUCAUGUGGGCUGGCCUCAAAUUAUGGGGAAUCUUUCACUAUUAAACAUACAUAUUUUAUAAGUGAUAUCAGGUUUUCUGAGUUACGUUAUCUAAAUAAAUCAAGCCCUUCGGUUCUUAGUUAAAA